CGGAUCCAGGAAUACGAGACUUUUGGACAACAUUUAGGCCCAUUUGAAUCAUCUUUUUUUUUCCAAAUUAAAUUUAUCUGUGUUGUUUCGUGUAAAUUAAAAAUAAAAAACAUGAGCGGGGGCUUAGCACCGAGCAAAAGCACUGUAUAUGUGUCGAACCUGCCAUUCUCGCUCACCAACAACGACCUCCACAAGCUGUUCACCAAAUAUGGAAAAGUGGUUAAGGUUACAAUUGUGAAAGAUAAAGACACUCAUAAAAGCAAAGGGGUAGCAUUCGUUCUUUUCUUGGACAGAGAUUCAGCUCAUAACUGUGCAAGAGCAGUGAACAACAAGCAGUUGUUCGGUAGAACUGUAAAAGCCAGUAUUGCAAUCGACAACGGCAGAGCGACUGAGUUUAUCAGGAGGCGCAACUACACAGACAAGAGCAGGUGUUACGAAUGUGGGGAUACAGGUCACAUGAGCUAUGCGUGCCCCAAAAAUAUGCUGGGAGAGCGAGAGCCGCCAAAGAAGAAGGAAAAGAAAAAGAAGAAAAAAGCUCAGCAACUAGAACAUAUUGAAGAAGAAGAACUGGAAAGCGAGGAAGAAGGAGAGGACCCAGCACUCGAUAGUCUCAGUCAAGCCAUAGCUUUUCAGCAAGCGCGUAUCGACGAAGAGGAGAAGCAAAGAAAAAAGGUGGUCGUGUCCCAAGACGACGGCGCUCAUCCUUCUUCCUCCUCAGACUCCAGGAAACUACGGAUCAAAAAGAGCACAUACUUCAGUGAUGAGGAAGAGCUGAGCGACUAACGUGGACUAGUUUGUUGGUUUCAACAACCCCGUGUAUCGAUAUGUAUGGAAAUGUCUUUUAUUGGAGAGAUGCACAACCCUCGUCCUGUCGUUUUGUUACAGGUCAUAUUUGUUUUGCCUUCUUUUCAACUGGUGAUAUAAAAUGUAUUUAUUUGUAGAAGUUUAUCUCAGACAAUUGAUUCACUGUAAAUGAAUAGUAAAUUUGUUGCUUAUACA